AUGGAGCCCGCGGCGGCCCUCAACGAGAGCGCGGCGCCCUCGCCCUGGCUGCCGGCCCGCGGUGGCAACGCCUCGCUGGCGCUGGCCUCGCGGCCGCCCGCACCCCCCGCCAUCAACCCCUGGGACGUGAUGCUCUGCGUGUCCGGCACGGCCAUCGCCUGCGAGAACGCCAUCGUGGUGGCCAUCAUCUGCUACUCGCCCGGCCUGCGCACGCCCAUGUUCGUGCUCAUCGGGAGCCUGGCCACGGCGGACCUGCUGGCCGGCCUCGGCCUCAUCCUCAACUUUGUUUUCCAGUACGUGAUCCGCUCGGAGACCGUCAGCCUCAUCACCGUGGGAUUCCUUGUUGCCUCCUUCACAGCGUCCGUGAGUAGCUUGCUGGCCAUCACGGUCGACCGCUACCUUUCCCUCUACAACGCCCUCACCUACUACUCGGAGAGGACCGUGCUGUGCAUCCACACCAUGCUGGUGGGCACCUGGGGGGUCUCGCUGUGCCUCGGGCUGCUGCCCGUCCUGGGCUGGAACUGCCUCCACGACUACGCUGCSUGCAGCAUAGUCAGACCCUUGACCAAGAGCAACGUGACUCUGCUCUCUGCCUCUUUCUUUCUGAUUUUCAUCAUCAUGCUCCAUCUCUAUAUCGAAAUCUGUAAAAUCGUUUGCAGACAUGCCCACCAGAUAGCCCUCCAGCAGCACUUUCUGACUGCCUCGCACUACGUUGCUACCAAGAAAGGGGUGUCUACCCUGGCUAUCAUCCUGGGGACUUUCGGGGCGAGCUGGCUGCCCUUUGCCAUCUACUGCGUGGUCGGAGACCCCGACUACCCUUCCGUGUACACUUACGCCACGCUCCUACCGGCCACUUACAACUCCAUGAUCAAUCCCAUCAUUUACGCCUACAGGAAUCAAGAAAUCCAGAGGUCCAUGUGGGUUCUCUUUUGUGGCUGCUUUCAGUCUAAAGUGUCCUUUCGCUCCCGGUCCCCUAGUGAUGUCUAAGUGACUUUUCUCUUUGUAGUAACUGCACAAAGUGA